AUGAGUUCCUUCACGAUCAAGAUCCCUUGUUCCUCGGCCAACAUUGGUCCCGGCUUCGAUGUGAUCGGCCUGGCACUGUCCCUCUAUUUGGAUCUCCACGUCACCGUCGAGGCCAAACCCUCAUCCCAGCUCCCCUUCAACUGUGCCAUCACCUAUGAGGAUCAGAGCAAGAGUGUUGAGCAGAUCAGUCUCGACCCAGAAGUGAACUUGAUCACCCGAGUAGCCCUGUAUGUUCUCAGAUGCCAUGACCAACGGGCUUUCCCCGUCGAGACCAAGGUGCACAUCGUCAACCCCAUCCCGUUAGGCCGGGGUCUGGGCUCUUCCGGUACUGCCGUGGUUGCCGGUGUUAUGCUAGGCAAUGAGGUGGGUAAGCUGGGUCUGAGCAAGGAGCGCCUACUCGAUUACUGUUUGAUGAUUGAACGGCACCCGGAUAACGUGGCUGCCUCCCUCUUCGGUGGGUUUGUGGGCACCUAUCUGAAUGAGCUUAAGCCCGAGGAUGUGGCACGGAAAGAAAUCCCUCUCAGUGAAGUCCUGCCCGCUCCGGCAGGUGGUGUUGACACCGGCAUCCGUCCUCCUGAGCCUCCAAUGGCUAUUGGUCACUACAGAAAGUUCAAUUGGGCCCCGGAGAUCAAAGCCAUCGCUAUCAUCCCCGACUUUGUGGUGCCUACUGCCAACGCACGUAACGUACUCCCAGAGACCUACUCGAGAGCGGAUGUGGUCUUUAAUCUCCAGCGCGCGGCACUCCUGCCCGCGGCCUUGGGAAGUUCCCCGCCGGACCCCGAUAUGAUCUUCCUUGCCAUGCAGGAUAAGGUGCACCAGCCCUAUCGCAAGACGCUGAUCCCGGGUCUGACUGAAAUUCUCCAACUCAUGACUCCUUCUACCCAACCCGGUCUGUUGGGAAUCUGCCUUUCGGGUGCAGGACCUACCAUCCUAGCAUUGGCUACAGAUCGCUUUGAAGAGAUUGCUGACCGCAUUAUCGCACGGUUCACUUCCAACAACAUCACCUGUCAAUGGAAGUUGCUUGAGCCCGCCCAGGAUGGAGCGGUUGUGGAAUAUCAGUAG